GCCAGACAUGGGGCAUGGACAUGAACAUGGUCAUGGGAAAAUGAAACUCCCUGACUAUAAACAAUGGAAGAUAGAGGGUACUCCGCUACAGGAUGUCCAAGAAAGACUGGCUAGGCGGAGUCUUAGAGAUCCAUGGCUUCGCAAUGUAGCUUGGAGAUAUAUGGGUGGCUUUGCAAAACCUGUCACUGUUAUGGAUGUUCUCACCAAAGGUUUCAAGUGGGGAUUCGUAGCCUUUGUGGUAGCACUUGGGAUCGAGUACACACUGUUUCCUCCGAAGAAAAAUGGAGGACAUCAUUGAAAAUGGAAUAGUAGAACUUCUCGAAGUUAUUUACCCAGUUCUAAAUUAAAACAUGUUAUACAAUAGCUUACUGAUUUUGUUGCACAUGUAAAGAUGCCUAUUAAAAUUUCUCAUUGGCAAGAAAAGAAA